ACUUCUGUCAAAAUUUUAGAAUGUAGGCGCAUCGAGAAGUAUUUUGUAUUGUACCGGAUGCUGGUGUUUGAGAGGAAGUGACUUAAAGUUAGAUGACCCUUACUAUUUUCUAGAGAGUGAAGGAUUUCUGAGUAGUCCAAAAGCUGAAGCAAUGGGUCUUCACUUUGGAAAUUUGGCCAGAGUCAGGCAUAUCAUCACAUAUAGCUUGUCUCCUUUCGAGCAAAAAGCAUUUGCUAACUUCUUUUCCAAGGGCAUUCCAAAUGUGUGGCGAAGAUUCCGGGGUCAAGUCUUUAGAGUAUCUCCUCCUUUUAUUUUGGCGUAUCUCGUUUAUUCUUGGGGAACUCACGAGCAUGAGCUAGGCAAAAGGAAGAACCCAGCUCUUUAUGAAAAUGACCAGUAAAUUAACUUGAUAAUCAUUUCUUCAUCCAUAAGACAUCUGUCUGAAUUACGUAAAUGUAUUUAUUACCAUUGUAUUUGUCAAUAAAACAGUAUCUUUGCAACUGUCA